GCUGUCAGCACAGAGCGGGAUAUGGAGCUCGAACUCACAAAAUCACAAACCCUGUGAGAUCAUGACCUGAGCGGAAGUUGGACACCUAACCGACUGAGCCACCCAGUCGCCCCAGCAAUGAAAUACUCUUGAGCAGAUUGGCAGAUGAUGGGUAUAAUGAACUUGGGGCUUGUGAAUGUAGAGUACCACAUUUUCAUUAAUACCUUACAUUUUAUAUAAAUAAUAAAAUCAACCUUUGGAAAAUGAACUCUCUAUGCUCUUAUCUUAACAAUAAAAAUUACAUAACAAGUCACGUCAUUUUGCCAAGAAGGUUAUGACACUCUAUUACUCUUCUUUGACUAAUAUUCACAGCAUUCCUCAUGCCAGGAAAGUAAAUUAUACCUAUGUGCCAACUAUGUGACAACUAUGAAAUAAAUUUUGCAGUAUAGACUUACUGUAGAAUUUUAUUACUUUCUUACUUUACUCUCUCCACUGUCAUCCUUUUGUAUUUUGGGUUGGAUUCAACUCCCUUUCUACUAAAAUAUUUCAUAAGUGUCCACUUUUUAGACUUUUGUUGUUAUCAGUGUGUACAGGACUCCCCAACUUUUAUCCCAAAAUAAAGAAGUUUAGUAAUUAUUAUCCUAAUUUCUUUAAGUGAAAAAACUGAAGCUCAAACAGGUUAAACACUAUACAUGAGAUCACAUACUAAGGCAGAUGGGUAGUAUAGACUAGAAAUCCUAUCCUAGGGCUCAACAGACUUCAAAUGGCUUCUGUAAAUGCCUUGGGUUUAUUCUCAUAUCUUCUCAGAACGAAUAUAUCUCAAAAGCAUAGAUCAAUCAUCAUAAAAAUAUAGUUUAACAUCACCUGUGUGCUCUCCGUACAAGAACAGAACUUUAAAGACGUAGAUCCUAACAUGUUCCUCUGGUUUUUUUUAUCAAUAGGGUAAUGUUGGUCUUUUCCCCAAAGAUAUGGAAUGCAAAUUAGUGGGAGGUAGGGAGUUUGUUGUUAUAGAAACUAGAAAGGAAGAAUUUAUGUUUGCACAGCAAGCCCCUGGUUUAAUUUCAACAUCUGGUUGUCCACAUUACAUAUAGACAGUAGUGAUUCUGUGCCAUUUUUAUUCAGAUCUUUCCUCUCCUAGGAUUCUCUAUUUGUUAUUAUUUGAAGCUCUGAUCACGGCUCUGAAUCUGAAUCUGUCCUUUUUUUCUCCCCCGCCCCCCUCCCCCACUCUGUUUCGACACUUCUGUAACUCAUUUGCUGGGAAGUCGAGAAUCUCUCUUGUAAGUGAGCUUACCGGGUGGGCCAAACUACCAUGGCCCAGGGUUGUUAGGAAGUCGAUACGUUGCUAAGAAGUCUUGCUAAUUUGCUAUAUAAGCUGAAUGGAGUGUCAGAGAAUUUUCCUUUCCCCUGAUGAACUUAGGAGAUGGAUGUUUUGACCUGUAUCAGUGAUUCUAUUUGGAUCGAUUACUUCGAGGUUAGUUUUUUAUCCAUGUAUGAAUGUUGCACCUAAUUAUCCCUGUAAUCGGUUAAACAAAUGUCAGCUGUUCGUAUUUCAACUCUUCCUGCCAAUAACCGCUGGAAGUGAUUUAAUGCAGCUGGAAGACAACACUGACAAUCAUUAUAGCCUGCAAAGUGUGAAAUCAUUUCAUUGCACUAUUGUGGUCUCCUUAGUCUGAGGACUGAUCACGUUCUGCCGAUGACGCUUAAAAAAAAAAGAAAAGCCGGUUUUAUUAUAAUUAGGGAAAUACUGGGAAAAAGGGGGGGAGCCCAGGGGCAGCUCGGUGUUGUUUAUCUGGUGAACUCUUCUCAGUCAAGAGCUUGUUUUUACAAGAAGGCGCUUUCAGCGUUGAAGGGAAAUCCUGUCAUCUGAAAAAGAGGGCUGUGCUUCAUGCAAGAUUGUUUCCCCCUUCUGAUAAAAACACUUGCUGAUUACACCCCAGAUGCGGCUCCUUUGGGGGAAAACGAAGGAAGAGGAGAAAAACGCUGGGUGGAGCCAAGGGGUCGGCAGCAAGGCUUCCAAACUCCCGGGGCCUCUUCUCUUUUCGCUCGCCUGUGUGGCUCCGGGGUCCGCUUCGAAGGCGCGAUGCCCUCGCCGCUUCCCCGGCGCGGUUACCUCCCCGGCGAGUUUUCGCCCCCGGUGGACUCGAGGCCCUGCAGCAGCCCUGCUGAGCUGCCAGGUAGGGCAGGGAAGCUCCUCGUGGGUGGCACUCCUCCCAGGGCCCCGCGGCUACCGCGCCGGCUGGCCUGGUGCUCCAUUGACUGGGAGCAGGUGCGCUUCCUGCAGAGGCUGGGAGCUGGCGGGUUUGGCUCGGUGUACAAGGCCACCUACCACGGUGUUCCGGUGGCCAUAAAGCAAGUGAACAGGUGCACCAAGAACCGACUGGCGUCCCAGCGCAGCUUCUGGGCCGAGCUCAACAUCGCCAGGCUUCGCCACGACAACAUCGUGCGGGUGGUGGCCGCCAGCACGCGCACGCCCGCAGGCUUUAACAGCCUGGGCACCAUCAUCAUGGAGUUCGGUGGCGAUGUCACCUUACACCAAGUCAUAUACGGUGCCCCCAGCUGCCCUGAGGAGGACGCGGAGCCUCGCUGCUGUGCCAGAGAGCAAUUCAAUUUGGGAAAGUGUCUGAAGUAUUCCCUAGAUGUCGUGAACGGCCUGCUUUUCCUUCACUCGCAAAGCAUCGUACACUUGGACCUGAAGCCUGCGAACAUUCUGAUCAGUGAGCAGGACGUCUGCAAAAUCGGCGACUUCGGUUGCUCCGAGAAGCUGGAAGAUCUGCCCUGCUGCCGCACUCCCCCUUACCCCCCGGGGGGCACCUACACCCACCGAGCCCCAGAGCUCCUGAAAGGAGAGGCCGUAACGCCCAAAGCUGACAUCUAUUCCUUUGCCAUCACUCUCUGGCAAAUGAGUACCAAGGAGGCCCCGUACUCAGGGGAGCGGCAGUACGUGCUCUACGCUGUGGUGGCCUACGAUCUUCGCCCGUCUCUGUCAGCAGCUGUCUUCACGGACUCCGUGUCUGGGAAAAGACUGGGGAAGAUCAUCCAGUGCUGCUGGAGGGCCAGUGCCUUGCAGCGGCCAAGUGCAGAACUCCUCCUGGUCGACCUUAACUCCUUAAGAGCUGAAUUUGGCUGACUCUAAACCUGUAUCAAGAUAGGCUUUGUCUUUGUUUCUGCUCGUUUUUAAAGAAGUGACCAUGUAGAAAAAAAAAAAAACAUAUCUGCGGGAUGGGUUUUUAGAAAAUAAAGUUA